CGAAAAAAACCGAACCGAACCGAAACCAACCCGAUAUUCGGAUUGAACACCCGUAAUCCAAAUGAAGCCAAACUAUUGUUUCAUUCUCCAAAAUAUAAUAAAAAUAAUAACUUAAUCCCGCGCAAGGAGCGGGUCUUAUCCUAGUGUUAAGCUUAAACCAAAAAAAAAAAUGUUAAACAUGAAUGUGUGUGGUAUACACUAAUGCAUGAGUAAUUCGGAUAAAACCAAAUAGGAAAACAGUAGGAUUCGAUCAAAUUUGAGAUGAUACUCCUUGUCUUGUAUUUUAAGAAAGAAGAGAUAACUACUCUACAAUCCCAAACUUUAAUUUCCAUUUACAAAAAAAAAAAAAAAAUUUCCUUUCUUUUUUAUGAUAAAUUGUUUUUCCUUCUUCCAUACAAUUUUUGUUUAAUUAACGAUUUGUGCUUCUUAGGUGCGGUAAUGAAUUUUUUUACUUAAAUACAACAAUUUAUCUUAAAUAACUAUUUGACAAAAAGAAAAAUUUGAACCAUUAAUAACUAUGUUUUUAUGUAGUCUAAUUUUUUUUAUGUAGUCAUAUAAAAGUAACUGUAUUAAUAAACAAAAUAGAGGCAAAAAUAACUGGGACGUACACCUAAAAUUUGUGGAGACUUCUUAGGGAAGCACGAAGAGUUUUAAUAGAUGAUUUAAAAGGAUAUCUCCAACUUCAAGCAAACCCCAUACCUCCGAAUCCUUUACCUGCUCAGCUGCUCUUCUUUUUCCUCACAUCACAUUCACACACACAUAUAGAUACAUCGUGUACGUUGUAUAUAUUUGAAAUCAUGUAAUACCAAUUUUGUUAUUUACAAUGAAUCCAAUAGAUUAAUAGGACUUUCGUGGAAUUUUAUAUAGUUUACGAGGACAAAACUUCUCGGAUCGGGGAUGCCACUAUUUUGAUUUGUAUAUAUCUGCAAUUUUAUUUUGUGAACUAACUAAAUCCCUUAUAUAUAUAUUCCAUCCGUUCCCGAAAAUAAAAUUUUCUAAAAUUUAUUAUUGUUCCACAAAGAAACAUUAACUGUGAAUAUUUGAAUUGAUUAAAUUUUAUUAGUGAAUAGUUAUUGGAAAUUAUAUUGAAAAAUAAAUUGUAAACUAAAUUGUAAAUAUUUAUUAUAUUUUUAAUAAACGUGAAAAAUUUAGAGAAUCUUUAAUUCGGGAAAACAUAUAGAAUAACUAAAGAACUAAUUAAUGAUUAAGUGAAUCAAAAAUAAUCAUGUAUCAAAAAUAACACUUCCCUUUUUCCUUACACUAUACUUCCUUUGUUCAACAAUAUAAGAUGUUUUGGAAAAAAACUGUAGUUUCAAAAUAUAAGAUGUUUUGGUACUUUUAAGUAUUUUAAUUUUAUUAAAAAUUGAUCAACUAAUUACAUUUUACUGUAUUAUUUAUUAUUAGUUAACUUAUGUUAAAUUUAUAUUAUUUAAUAAUAUUAUCUUUUUAAAAAGAAGUUUCUUGAUUUUUGUGUAUUCAAACAAAAUAUAUUAUAUUAAAAAACGGAGGGAAUAAACAUUAUCUCGUGACUUCUUUUUUGGUAAAUUAAUAAUUAGUUACUUAAAACUAUACUUAUAAAUAAGGUUUUGUUGGUAUCAUUAACAUUUUGAAUAUCAACAGAAAACGGUGAAUUAGGGCAGGUGAAAACGCAGUAGCCUAGUAGAUAGAUGUUCUUCUUACAUAAACUCCCCCGAGAUUUAAGGGCUUUAGAGAGAGAAAAGAAACAAAGAGCAAUUCCCAAUGUUUUUCAUGAGAGAGAAGUGACAGCCUGCUUCGUGGCCGACAGCAAUACGUUCGUCUCUCUCUCUCUCUCUCUCUCUCUCUCUCUCUCUCUCUCUCUCUCUCUCUCUCUCUCUCUCUCUCUCAUCUUUCAUUUCCCACGUGUCUUCUUCUUUCUCCUUCGCACGUGCCUAUUCACAUUUUCUUCAAAUACUGUACAUGUAUGCAAGACCCGUAUGUGCAGAAACGAAAUGAUGACGACUUUUAUUUUGUCAAAACGAUGAUGAGUUCUGCUUACGAACAGUUGUUUCCAACCUCGUACGGUCGUACCAUUACUGUUCCAUGUCUGUGUUUGCAUAAACAAAAAAAUUAGGUAGUUGGGAAUUUCAGUAUUCAUCAUGUACUUUUGUAGAAACCUAUACGAAGAUAAUUUAGCUUAUAAAUUUGUUUCCCUUUGGUUAGAAACCCUAGAGGUUACGUGCUUUGAUCCAAGAACUUGGAUUUGACAUUUCUGAUUCGUGUUUUCUUUAAACUAACCUACAAAUUUAUUAAACGAGAAAGUUCGCGCGUUUAAGUUACGCAAAUUUCUAGCUACGUAAUGAUGCUUUUACCAUAAUUAAGAUACUUUUCUUUAACAAUUCCAGAGUUUUUUUUCUUUGUCGUGUUUAGCUUUUAAUUUAUAUGAAAUCAAGUUUUAGAACAUUUUGUGAAAAGUGUAAAGACCAUUUAAUUAUUUAUACUAGUGAAGCAUAUCUCCUUUUUUUUUUGCACGAAGUGAAGCAUAUCUCCCAAAUUUUCAUGCUGUAAGAAAAAAUGCAACAGUUUAAAUAAUUUCAGAUAUUUAAACACUGCUUAAACUAACUAAAAAGUAUUCAAAAUAACAAAUAAGUCAAAUUACAAAAAUAUUAUAAAUACUCUAAAACAUCUAAAUUACUUUAACAUAUAUAAAAACUUUAGCAUAUUUAAUUAAUUUUAGAUAUUUUCAGAUCUUAAUUCGGAUUUCGAUUUGAGUUAUACCCAAAAUUCAAAGUGUCAAACUCUUAAAUGUCAUUCGGAUAUUUUUAUAUACCAGUUCGAAUCGGAUUUUGGUUUUUUCGGUUCGACUUAAGGUAAGAAUUUUGGUUUAAAGUAAAAAUGGUCAUGUCUAGUCUCUUGUUAGGCUUGUAAUCUUCAGUGUUGGUUCUAAGGAUUGAAUUUUCAGUGCUGGUUCUAAGGAUGGAGCUUUCAAGGCGGUGGUUGUUUUACGCGGUAGUCUGGUGGUUUGGCCGUAGCUCUAGCUUCACGACUGAGAGAUCGGAUCUAACGCAUGGACUCUAACUUUCCUCGGUUUUUAUUCCUAAUAAAUCCACUGUAGAGGACUAUUCUCCAGUUAAUGAAAAGACUUGGUGGUUCGGGUUUCAAUGGGAUGCAGGCUUGACAUGAAAGUGGUUGUUUUUUUUAUAUAUGGCCCUCCGGUGGACCGGCUAUCGGCUUGUAUUGGUUUCGCAGUUUAUGUAGACCAUAGCAAAACUAUCUUUGUUUUUUUUUUUUUUUUUUUUUUUUUUUUGUCGUCUAUCCAUUUAAGCUAGAUCAAGUGGAGAGCAGACGAGUUGAUUCUCCGAGGAGCAUCUCCAUCUGUCCGGGUCUGAUCUAUAUGGGAGAAGAUAAAACCUCUGGUCCUUGCAUCUUUUGCUAAUCCAUCUGCCCGGUCAUUUCGGCUUCGAGGAAUAUGAGACAGUCUCACAUCCUCGAAGUCUUCCUGUAACCUCUGGAACACCUCGAUCUCUGUCGGGAAAGCUGGCCAGUCCAUCGGGUUUGUAGUCAUAUCCACUAAGUCCAUGCAGUCCGUCUCAAACCGUACUGCAGUGAUCCCUUUGUCUCUCAUACAUGAGGCUGCCCAAAGUAGCCCUUCUAUCUCAGCGUGCAAAGCUGAGAGGUUCCUGUUACACGUCCGUAAUCCGAAGUAUUCUAAUCCCAUCUGAUCCUUAAGACUCCACCCUAAGCCACUGACACUGCCAUUAUUGAUCCAUGAUGCAUCAAUUUGACAAGUAGAGAUUCGGGAUAUCCAAGGGGGCGUUGUCUCAAUCUCUGUAGUGGACGGAUCGUCCUGAUCCUCAUUUGCUUCCUCAUUUUCGUUAGCCUUCCUCCAACUAUCUUUGUAUUGUAUUAUAAUUACUUCAUGCUAUGAAUCUUAAAAUAUAAAAUGAACCGAUCGGUGUUGAUUCGAUUAGUAUUCAACUCCAAUGUUACAUGGUCAAUAAAUAAUAUAAAAGUUACUUUAUAAUUUAUCUACCGACUAAAAAGAAAAUAUAUGUUUUAUGUUUGAUAUAUUAUACGUAUAUAAAAUAUGAUUACCUACUUUGUUAAACAUAUUUUAAGGACGGCAUUAUGGCUAAUUUAAUUUAACAACUUAGAGACCCACUUUCUACAAUAAUACAUGUAAAAGAAAAAGUUAUAUGUGCCUACAAAAAUGCUAUUGGACAAGGAACCAUAAGCCACAAACAUCCUUAAAAUAUAAUAUAUAUACUAGUAAACAACACAUAAAGAUAAAAUACAUAAAUAAUUCUAUGAACAGUGUAUAUUAAUAUGGCUUCGUCAGACACCACUACAUUCGUUACAAAAGUCGUCAUUACCAAUAGGUUUUGCUUUUCAAUUUUAGUGGUUACAAAUAUAUCAACUUAUCAAGUUUUAAACAAAUUCUUAGAUACUAUAUUUUACACAAAUAGUGAUACUAUAUUUUACACAAAUAGAAGCGACUCACGCAUCUUCUAAAAUACACUGUUUACUUAAAACUAACGAUUUUCACUGGAAAAUCAAGCUCUUUUGAUUGUACAUUAUUCUAAGUCAUAACGUGGAAGACAUAAAUUCUAAAGGGUUAAAAGAUCUACAAAACUUUUGCACGUGAAGUGUGCAAUUAACCUAAAAUAUUGAAGCCAACUAAACAAAUUAUAAAGACACAGGUUGUUUGAUUUGCUUGUAAUCAUUUUGCCAUAGAAUUAUUCGACAAAUUCAUUCUAUAUAAAUCAGAUGAUUUAGAGUGAAAUUUUUUUAUUUCAAAAUUAUUAAGCAACUCCAGAUGUUGAUAUCUCUCUCAGCCAGUUAAUAUUUAUUGUUUGGAUUCAAUCUAACCGUCGUUCUAAACACGAUCUGUGAUUAUGUCUAGCAUAUCCCUUUACACAUAAGAAAAUUGGUAUUGUGCUUUGGAUGACAAAACAGUAAUUAUAGUAAGAAACAAUAGUUCAAGUAAGCUGGGCGCGUUAUUUCAUUGGAAUAUGUCAAGACUGAACUAGUCAACAAUGAUUAGAACUGUUUUCUGAAAAUUAACAGUUUUAACACUUGUAAGCCCGCAGUUAUGAUAUUUUAUCAUAUGAAAUUAAAGUUGGUUAUCUUAACAUUUUACCAAAAAAAAAAAGAAACUAAAGUUGGUUUCCAUUAUAUUGAAGCUAAGUCAUUAUGAUCUUUUCCUAGCAAUUCUAGACAAAAUGAUUCACGUGACUCCAAAUUAAGUGAUUUCUGAUGUAAACAACUUUACUAAACUGAGUUUAUCCUUAUAUGUACACACAUAUAUAUAUAUAUAUAUAUACUUCAUCCGCUAUAUUUCUGUGUAGUGCUGAAUACUGCUGAUAGAUUUUCUUCAAAGUAGAUUAUUAUGUAUUUGUUCAAUAUAUAACGUACUAAUUAAAGAACAAUAUCAAUUCAAAAUCUAUUAGGUUUGCGUAAGGGUUCAAUUAAUAAUUCUGUCUGAGAGGACACUGAAAAUGUAAAACUAUUUUUAUCAAUUAAAAUUACUUUUAAACGAUACAUAUUUUGUGAAAAUUAAACUACAGUCAUAUACUCUUUUCGUUUCUAAAAGAUCUAUGCUAUAGUUCACACUUAUUAAAAAAUAUUUAAAACUGUAUUUUCUAAUAUAUUAUUUUUCUUAAUUAAUUAUUCCCAAUAACUUUUAACCAAUAAAAUUUUAUUAAAUAUAAUUAUAUUUUUUUGAAAAAUUUCUCUAAUUAAUGUAUUGAAAAUGUAAAAAAAAAAUUUUGUAAUAAUUUUUUUUUCUAAAAAAUGAAUCUUUAACGAACAGAAAAAGUACUAAAAUAUAAGAAAAGCAAAUUUAAAUAAUGAAUUGAAUGCAACAACAUUAAAAAGGCACGCAAUUAUUGGUUUAAAACGAUUAUAUCCCAACUCAUUUACAGCCAAACACGGUCAAAGCUAAGUAAAAUCUGCAGCUCUUCAUGAGACCGAAGAGAAACCCAUCCAGGUUCAGACAAUCAUGGACCCCACGGGCCGUCGCCCCACUUAAUAUUCUCUCUCUAUGAAGUUUAACACUGAUUAAUUUUGGUCAACUUUUAGUUAACCAUGGUUAGCGAACAAUUAUUCUAUUUCCAAUCCCUUAUAUAUUAAAAUAUGAACAUUACUAUUAAGAAUAAACCCUGUCUUCACGUGUGAUUUACAAGAGUGCCAUUUACACGUGGCAGUUCUACAAUCACUCUCAACCCUUUUAUCUAAUAAGAAUUAGUUUACUAGAUUAAUUACAUGAAUUACCAUUGAUCAUAUUAAUUAGUUUCGAAUAUAUUGUAUACUAUUGUAUGUUACGAAUCAUUUAUGGUAUAUUCAUAUAUUUGCAAAUAAAUUACGUUUCACAAUAUAACAAUUGUUUUCUUCAAAUUUUAAAUAUAUUUGCAUUAUAAAUUCCAAAUAUACUAAGUUAUGUAUAUAAAAUUUUCAUAUUAAGAAUAAUAUAUGUCAUCGAAAAGAUAGUCAAACAACUUUUAAAUGUUCGCAAAGUAUACAUUUUUAUUAUGUCCAUGUAUUUACGAUUUUGAUUAUAGUUUUAAUUUUAUCAAUACCCAUGUUGUAUAUAAUCAACAUUUCAAAUAGUUUUUAAAUUACAAUAGUUUUAUAUGGGUACAUGUUAGAUAAUAUUUUAUAUGAAUAUAUGAAUAAGAAAUCAAUAAUGAACGGAAACUAAUAUUAAAAAAACAUUUUUAAACAUUUUUAAUAAUCAAUAUUUCAAAUAUUCCAUAAGAAAAAUCACUUUCAACAUGGAUGAUUGGAAAGUGAAUAUUUUAAAUUGUAAUCACUAAUUCUAAUCACACAUUUAACAAAGGCAAUGCGCCAAUCAUAAUAUUAGAUAAUCUUUUUUUUUAAUGGUUUUGGUAAUGUUUUUUUCUAUAUGUUUUAAAAAAUUGUUUAUCUUUUCUAUUAUGAGUAACAGAAGACAAACUGAUCUAAAUUUGCUUUAUUCAUUACUCAAACAUUUAUACUACUUAGUAAGUGUAUAGCUAAAGUUUGCGUGUGCAAGUAUUGUUUGCUCUCUAUUAUAAAGUCCAUUGAUGUAAAAUCGAGACUGAUAUCCAAUUUCAUUCAAAAAAGAAAUCCAUAUAGAUGCUCAGUCAAUCUUUUAAUUUAAGCACCUUGACUUUGUAAUUAGGAAAUCAUCAUAAAUGGUGAUAGAUGAAUUAUGAGUCAAUUUAAAAUUUUGAAAUGAUUAAGUUUAUGGUCAAAUAUCAUGAUUAAUAUAUUGUUUCAUAUUUUUUUUCCUUGCAUAUAAUACUUUCCAAAAAUUGAAAUUUGGAAAGGAGAAAUCAAGGAUUUUAUGAUUGAAUUAUGCUGAAAAUAUAUUCAUUUCACCAAAAUAAAAUGCGUUUAAACAUCAUAUUUUGUGACUAUAUAUAUCAUACUAAGCUAAGAGCUUAGGCAUCACAUGAACAAUGUGUGUUAAACCACUUAGUUAAAGAGCUCGAUAUAUUACCAUUAGUUUAAUUAUUUACUUUUAACAUGGAUAGCUCACUUCAUUUGAAAGUCAAUAUUCAAUUUUUUAACCCAUUUACUCCAUGUAAAGGGUUUCAAAUUGUCAUUUCAUAAUUUAUUUUAUAUUAAUAUUUGCUUAUUCUUAUUGAUUUACUUGCAUGAUAAAAUAUUUCAAUUAAACAAAACAAAUAUACAAGUUAAAAAAAAAACAGAGUUUAUAUUGACAUACUAAAUUUCGUUUAAACCCAUAUUUUAUAACAUGUAAUAUUUCUUUCUAUAACUUUAAUAUCGACAUAUUCAAAGUGAUUAUAUUUUUAAAUCUAUUCACCCUGCGCAAGACGCAGGUUAUCACCUAGUAUUAAUAAUUUUAGGUACAAGUGAUGACAUAUGUGUUGGCCUAAGUUUUGUUUUCUUUCUAAACUACUGUUACAUCUUGAUUAUUACUAUUAUCGUUAUUAUUUGACAUAGCUUAAGUCUGAAUUUAGGAAACUAAUAUGAUCGCAAUAUACGAUUUUAUUAAUUUUAAAUAAAUUAUCAAUAACAGAGGCAAAGCAAUGAUGGUAGAGAAUGUUUUGAAGGACAUAAAAGAGGAAACAUCUAAUGAAACCCACAAGAUAACCCCAGCCACAUAUUAUCAUGAUGGCUUCAUCCAUUUUAAUUAUAACUUUCAUUUUCUCUAAAUAUGUAACUUAUUAUACCAAUUAUAUAUCACCUCCAUUCACUCACAUGCAUCUGCUCUCACACGCCUAAUCUUCGCGUGCGAACUACCUCCUUUAAACUCCUUAAUACAAAUUUUGCUAAUUUUUUAAGCCUCGUGUUCAUAUACUCGCAGUCUCGCGCCAUUACCAACUUGGGCAGGUUAAUCUGUUCUUUAUAUAUCUGAAAUUUUAAUUAUACCUUUUAAUAAAAGUAAUGUUUUAUUUCUUAUAAAUUUUUUUUAUGAAUCGUAAAUGGAUAUGCAAAAACAUAAAAUAGUAAAAUAGUUUUGCCUAAAAUACUAAACCGUAAUAUUUUUAUUUUAAUAUAUAUACGGUAUAUAGAUUUGUGAGCAUAACGAAAAACAUCAAUCAAAGCCCCUAAUAUAUUUUUGCUAAUGGUAUUAGCCCGGGAGGUAUUAGCGUAUGGUUCACGCCCUAGAAGAAAAUUUGUGAAAAUGUGUUGGCAGACACUUCUCUCCUUUUCUAGAGAGAGAGUUCUUUCUCGAUCUUUUUCUCUCUUCAAUCCCAAAUCUUUCAGAGAGGUUAGAGUUUGUUUGAGAGUGAGAGAGGUCCCCUUUUUUGUUCUCGGGUUUCAGUUCAUCCGACCGGUUUCUGUUUCCGGCGUUCUCGCUUUUUUUCCGGCGGUGAACAACUGACUUUUGAUUCUGGGAUGCAGUGUCUUCUCCAGUUCCGUGUCGCCGGCUUUUGACUCUGCAUCACGUCUCUUUGGUGUCAGCGGCUUUUCAUCAGGGUUAUCCCGGUUUCGUUUGACCGACGUUUAUGUUCUUUUCCUUCCUAAUCGAUUCUCCUUUCUUGGUCUCGUCUGUCUCUUCCUUCCUCAUCAAGAGCCGAUUCAUCUUCGGGCUUACUCAAAUCGUGAAAGAUGUCUGAUUUGCAUGCAGAAAGAUCGAUGGUUGAGGGACGAUUGAAUCUUUUGGAAACGUUGGUCCGGGAGCGAUUUGACUAACCGCGAAGAAAACUCUGUCUAAGCAUCUUUCUUCAUCGGUUUUGGUUUCACUGACGCCGGAAGUCCGUCGCCUCUCCUUUGCAGCGCUGGUGGAAGAUGAAUGACUCUCGCCUUGACAUGUGUCUCAGGAUGCUGGGCGUUCGUACACACGGUGGGCAAGCUGUCAGUUUCUUUCUCAAUGGGUUUCGUUUUAGGCUGAAGGUCUAAAGUGGUUUUGUACCGUAUUACCUGUUUACAGACCUUUUAUCUCUUUGUUAUAUUGGAAUGGGUCAUGUUGGACCUUUUUCCUUUUAUAAAAUAACAGUGGUAAAAAAAAAUUCGUGAAAUUACCUGUUGAGUCCAAAACACACAAAAAGGACAUAAAAUUAUCAAAGAGAUGAAAAUCGGAACUGAAGUCGAUACCAAAAUAAAAUACUUAUCAAAAAGAAAAAAAAAUAUUUAAUUAAUAUAUAUACCUGUAAGAGUUUAUGUUAGACAAGUGACUGCAUUUACACACACGUAUAUGUAUAUAUAUCUAAUCUAUAUGUACGCAAUGAUAAUUUUCUUCUUCUUUAAUGCUAUAUUUUAGUCUCACCUUCUCCUGCUACUUUUUUUUAUCAUUUCUCUUCCCAUUCUCGUCUUCCAAACUUCUUCUCAAUCCUCUCUCAUUAUUUUUCUAGUUUAUUUUUUUCUUGUUCUAAAAGAAAAGUUAUAGAAAAUCUACAAAGAAGAGAAGCUUUAUUUUAAUCUUGUUGUGUGUGUGUGUGUUGGUUGUUUUUAUAUAAUUUUUUUUACAAAUUAAAAUCUCUACUUUGCUUUUGAUGUGGGCAUGGCUGGUCUUGAUCUAGGCACAGCUUUUGGUUACGUUAAUCACCAGCUCCAUCGUCCCGAUCUCCAUCUCCACCACAGUUCCGCAUCAGAUGACGUCACUCCAGGCGCCGGACUUGGUCACUUCACCGUCGACGACGACGACAACAACCAUCAAGGUCUUGACUUAGCCUCUGGUGGAGGAUCAGGAAGCUCUGGAGGUGGAGGAGGUGACGGAGGCGGAGGAGGUAACGUCGUUGGGCGUCGUCCACGUGGAAGACCACCUGGAUCCAAAAACAAACCGAAACCUCCGGUGAUAAUCACGCGCGAGAGCGCAAACACUCUGAGAGCUCAUAUUCUUGAAGUAACAAGCGGCUGCGACGUUUUUGACUGCGUUGCGACUUACGCUCGUCGAAGGCAGCGAGGGAUCUGCGUUCUGAGCGGUAGUGGAACGGUGACCAACGUCACCAUACGUCAGCCAUCUGCGGCUGGAGCGGUCGUGACGCUACAAGGAACGUUCGAGAUUCUUUCGCUCUCCGGAUCGUUUCUUCCUCCUCCGGCUCCUCCUGGAGCUACGAGUUUGACAAUAUUUUUGGCCGGAGGACAAGGACAAGUCGUCGGAGGAAGCGUUGUCGGUGAGCUUACGGCAGCUGGACCGGUGAUUGUAAUCGCUUCUUCGUUUACUAAUGUUGCGUACGAGAGACUUCCAUUAGAAGAAGAUGAGCAGCAACAUCUAGGAGGAGGGGGAGGAUCUAACGGCGGAGGUAAUUUGUUUCCGGAGGUUUCCGCCGGAGGAGGAGGAGGAGGACUUCCCUUCUUUAAUUUACCGAUGAAUAUGCAACCGAAUGUGCAACUGCCGGUGGAAGGUUGGCCGGGGAAUUCAGGUGGAAGAGGUCCUUUCUGAUGUAUAUAUAUUGAGAUAAUCAUUAUAUAUAUACCGGCGGGGGAGCUUUUCCGGCGAAGAAUUUGAGAGACUGAAGAAAGGUUAGAGAAGUUUCUAAUGGACUAAUGAAUUUCACAUUAUAAUCGUUAUUCCAGACAUUAUCUCGUUCAUCAUGUUAUGUUUAGGUUUUCCUUUUUUUUUCUUUUCUUUUUGCGUUUUGUAGAAUUUUAUGUUUUAAUCCUUUGAUUCCUUCUGUGAAACUCUAUUUGUGCUCGUAUGUUUGUUGAGGUGUAGAUUAAAUCCUGGUGCUAUUGUGUGUUUGGCCAUAACAAUGAUUAAGAGCAAACCCAUAUAUAUAUAUAUAUAUAUAUAUCAGUGGAUUUGGUGAUAUAAUAUAUGACAUUAAUAUUUUCUCAGAUAGAACAAUGUGACAUUGCCAAACCAAAAACCGUUGCUCAUAUGGAUAUUCUUCUUAAUUGCUGCUAUAUAUGAUAUCUUCAUCUCUAUAUACUGUACAUGUGAUUGUGUAGGGUGUGGCAUGGUGAUAAACAUAUACACAUCAUAUGUCUGUCUAUGAUCUGGUGUCAAUUAAACAUUGCUUUUCAAUUUCUUGAAGCCCUAACAUGUAAUUACCAAUUCUGUUUUGUUUUGAUCUUUAGGAUUUAAUUAAACAAUGAAACCUGUUUGUUUGUUAUUAAUUAUUAAUAUUUCUCCCAUUUUAUUGGAGUCAUGUUAUAGGUUUUAUAUAUAGAUAUAAUUAUAUGUUGUAGGUUUUAUUAUACUUGUAGAGCUAUACUUGCUUUGUGUCUUUAAAAUAUACCUAUGUUUAUUAUAUAUCUUUGGGUGUAAUUCUUUUGAGAAAACACACUUUAGCGAAAUAUAAUUUUUCGAUUUCUGGGAUGUGGAUUUGUUUGUAUAUAUUAGUUUUUGGAUGUGGUAUGAAAAUUUUCUAUUAUAUGGUUUUAUUAGUUCAUUGCAUAAUUUCAUAAUAUUAAUUUGUUUCCCACAAGUGUGGAUGAAAAUAAGUUUGAUUUUGUACGGCUGAUGAUUGUUUUCUUCUCGUCUAGUUAAAAUCUAUAUAUAAAGAUUCAUAUGCUUAUAAUAGUUUAACUAAAUUGUUAAUGAUUUUAUGGGAAUCUCGUACUGUAAGCAGGCUUAUAAAGUUAUUAAACCAAUGUGCUGUGGUGCAUGCUUAUCUGUAAGAGAAUUUUCUUUUGAUUAGUUAGUUGAGCUUUUAUUUGGAAAUUAUAUUCUCUGAAAAAGUUCAAUGGUCUAUCUUCUUUUUUAUAUAUUCCUCCUGUUAUACUUGAUUUUUGAGCAAUACUAUAUAAACGUAACAUAUUUACUUAGUUAUUAUAAAUAAAAACCCAUUUUAUCCUAUUUUCUUAGCGAUCGGUAUAUAUAUGUAUAUGUAUAUUAGAAUAGAAAUUGUUCAGAACAAAACUGGAGAUGUUCUUUAUGGGUAACUUUCGCGUCAACUAAUGUGUUUAUUAACUAUAGAAAAUAUGA